AUGACCCUCUCAGAGUUCUUCCCCAUCCGCGAGCUGUCCACUUACCAGACCAAGUGGACCAUCAAGGGCCGCGUGACCAGCAAAGCGCCCCUGCGCACUUUCAAGCAGCGAAACGGCAGCGGCCAGGGCAAGGUCUUCCACGUGGAGCUGCUGGACGCCGAAGGUGGAGAGAUCCGCGCGAGUUUCUUCAACGACGCUGCCGACAAGCACUUUGAACAGAUGGAGGUUGGCAAAUGCUUCACACUGAGCAAGGGUCAGGUCAAGCUUGCCAACAGGCAGUACAAUGCGUGCAAGCACCGCUAUGAACUGGUUUUCGACAGGGCGUGUCAAGUCGAUGCAGUUGCAGACGAUGCAAAGAUUGACACGGUGAAGUUCACGGUGGUCGACCUACAUACCGUGCAGGGAAAGACACUGCCCUGCAGCGUGGAUGUUUGCGGCAUCAUCACCGCCUUCGAUCAGCCUUUCGCCUUUAAGUCCAAGGAUGGGAAGGAUCUGGUGAAACGAAUGCUGACAGUAGCCGACGACAGCGGCGUGAGCAUGCAAGUCACCAUUUGGGGAGACCGCGCAAAGAAGGAAGACUCAGAGUUUGCGGGCAAUCCAGCCGUUGUCAUGAAGGGAGUGUCAGUCAAGGAGUGGCAGGGAGGUUUGAGUGGUUCUCUGAUGGAGGGGGGAUCCCUGUCCUUCAACCCAGACAUGCCUGAAGCACAGAAGGUGAAGGAAUGGUGGACACAGGGUGGCCAUGCGCAGAGCCUGAAGUUCAUCUCACAGACUAGCGGCAGCGGCGGCGCUCGCAUCUCCGGCCAGACACUCGAUGUGCUGGAGAUGAAGCAGAAGUCCGAGCAGAUUGUGAACGAGCAGGAGAUGUACAGCGCCUUCUGCCGGCUUGCCUCCGUUCAGCUUCGCAAGAGGGACGAAGUACAGCCGCUCUACUACAUUGCUUGCUUGGAGCCGAAGGAAAGCAACAGCUUGCCGUGCAAUCGCCGUGUGGACGAGCGGGGCUUCUGCGCCGUUUGCAACAAAGUGGGCAAGUCUGCACCUCGCCUCAAUCUACGCUGCCGCUUUGAGGAUGCGACUGGCAACUUUUGGGUCACCACGUUCCACCAGGCCGCUGAAAAAGUUCUUGGAAUGACAGCGCAGGAGGUUGCCGACAUCGAGAAGAACGAAGGGCGUGAGGCGGUAGAGGCCAAGCUCAAGAGCUGCAACUACGCGCAGAUCAUGCAGGUGCAGCUACGUGCGAAGCCCGACAACUACAACGGCGAGCAGCGGACCAACGUUUCCUGCACGGCAGCUCAUCCUGUCAACCUUCGCGAGCAUGGACGCUUCAUGCUGAAGCAGAUCGACGAGAUGUUGGCAAAGGCUGUCUGCUGA